GUUUUAAAUACAAUAGAUUUUUCUUUUAUUUUUUUUUGUAAAUUGUUUACAUGUUGUAGGCGGAGGAAUCGCAGGAAAGAUGUCACCAGCUCAAGACAAAUGUCUACACAAAGUGACUCACUGCAUUUUUGAUAAUGAUGGAACUUUGAUGGAUACAGAGAAGCAAUACGAGACAGCCGUCUCCAACUUAUUGCGACCCUAUGGAGAGAAAUACACUUACGACUUGAAGCUGCAAUGUAUGGGAAUGCCAACUUCCAAGUCAACCAGAUUUCUGGUUGAGAAACUCAAUUUGCCCAUUGAUGGCGCCACAUUCGAGCAAAUGUUCAAUGACGAAGUGCAUCGUCAGAUGGGGAAUGUGGAAUUGAUGCCUGGUGUAAAAGAUCUCAUACUUCAUCUCCAUCAUCAUCGUGUGCCAAUGGCCAUUGGCACCUCAGCACAGCGGAAAGUAUUUGUUCAUAAGGCUAGUUCACAUUGCGAUAUAAUGCCCGCCUUUCGUCACAUUGUCUGCGGCGAUGAUCCCGAGCUGGUGCAUGGCAAACCAGCUCCAGACAUUUUUCUUUUAGCCGCAUCGCGAUUUAAGCCCAAGCCGCAACCUCAGUGUUGUCUGGUCUUUGAGGAUUCGCCCAUUGGCAAGCAGGCUGCCUUGGCUGCGGGCAUGCAGGUGGUCAUGAUACCUGAUCCUCGUGUGCCUGAGGAGCAGACUAAGGAUGCCACAAUUGUCCUGCGUUCAAUGGCCGACUUCCAGCCGGAGCUCUUUGGUCUGCCGCCUUAUGACAACUGUGAUCGAUUUACGUUUGGCUAGUCAAACAAAAUUUUUCUCUAAAUUAAUGUAAAUUUUAUAUUAAAAUGGAUACUUUAUAAAUUA